AUGGAAACGAGAAUUAUCGAAACUACUCUCAUGAUCAGGUCAUGGCGGAACAAGGUUCAAAUCUCUCGGUCUGUUAGGAUGCCUCAGCUACAUACAUUACUGCACUUCCACUUGGCACCUAUCUUCCAUUUCUUGCAACGACUUCACAGUGUCUUGAGUAUGUUUAUUACCCAAAGACUGCUUCAAGAGAAGAAGAAUAGGAGAGAACUCAUCUUGAGGUGGGCUUCCUACUUCGAUGAUUUCAGCAGUUAUCCGCUCCGCACUUGGCUACCCAGCGUUUACCGUGGGCACGAUAACUGGUACACCAGAGGUGCGUCAUUCCCGGUCCUCUUGUACUAG